CCAUAACAGCCUUCCCAGGACCGAGUUAAAUCCAAAUCCAAGCUAAGACUAACAUAAUAUAAUGCCUCACGGCGGCUUCUCCGGCAGCCUGACGUCACCGAAAUUCGACUUUGCCGUGGACAUGGGCCAUCCUUUCCUCAACCGCACCGUCGACGGCUUCAUCAGGAUCGGCGCCGUUGGCGGUUGCAAGGUCGCCGCCGAGGAAACCUUCGAGUGCCUGCAAAGAGGGGACGUUUCCAAGCACAAAGUCGAGCACGCGCUGAAGAAAAUGUGCAAGGAAGGCGCCUACUGGGGUACUGUUGCUGGUGUAUACGUCGGGGUGGAGUACGGAAUCCAGAAGAUCCGUGGACACAGGGACUGGAAGAACGCGAUGGUUGGAGGUGCCCUGACGGGAGCCUUGGUGUCUGCCGUGAACAACCACCACCGGCACAACGUGGUGAAGAACGCCAUCACCGGAGGAGCCAUCGCAACGGCCGCCGAGUUUCUCACCCACCUCACCUCAUCAUGAUUAUAUUCAUGACCCACACCUCUCGUUACCUCAUCCGAUCCGCUCCAUCCAUCUAUUUUUUCUAGCUUGAUAAAUGAUGAUGUACUAUAUUGUAUUGUAUUGUAUUGUAUUGUAUUGUAUUGUAUUGUAUUGUAUUGUAUUAUAUUAUAUUAUAUUA